UGCGCAGGAUAGCCAAGGGCACAAGACCCUUUGUUUGAUUAGCUUCCACCACAACCGAGAGCCAACACCAACAAUCACGGAAUCGUCUCCAGAAUCACCAUCUUCCUUCCUAAUUCGGUAACACCUCUCUCAUUAUUCUACUUCCCCACCCCAAAACCCUCUUUAACUGUCUCCUAAUUGCGACAGCUUACCGCUAAUUACAUCGGAAACCCAAAUCAAAGCACGCCACUUGUGCAUCCCCAUACCCACAGCACGCCAUCCCAACAUCCUGGGCGUGGCUUCGGAGUUUCUCUGGGCCGUUGGAUUUGAUCUGGGUCUGUCUCUCUCUCUGAUCGAUCUGUGGGAAGAGGCUAUGGUGGGAUGAAGGAGAGAGAAAGGAAUGGCUCGUGGAGGAGGAGAAUGGGCAAUUCAUAAAGUGGUUAGAGGGAAAUGGGCUUGUUCUUACAAGAAGACCACUCUCAUCGUUUGCUGCAUUAACAUUGUCGUUGCUCUCUAUGUUCUUCGCUCUCUCUACGCUUCUCUCUAUAUCUAUUCCGACAGAGAUUCACGUCUCACUGUUGAGUACACUCCGGAUCAGAUUAGGAAAAUGGAGGAAUCAGUUCGGAUUCGAAAGUCAGCCGAACCUGUAGAGCUUAUUAGAUUGGUGAAGCAAUUUAAGAAGGAGCUUUCCGCUGAGCGUUCACUGGGGUUUGAAUUGCCGGAGUCUUUGAAACUGAAGCUAACCAAUGAGAUAAUUGACGAGUUGAAGAGUCUGCCUCUCAAGGCAAAUGUCAGUGAGCAAAGAGACUUUGCUGAAAGAUGGUGUAAUGAAAAACUUGAACAAGCUAAACAGUUGAUCCGUGAGAAAGGGACUUUAAAUUCAACAACUUUGCUGGAGGAAGCAGUAAUGCUUGUAAAAGCUUUGGAGUCUGAUAGGACACAGCUGUUGGAAGAUAUUGGCCUUUGGAUACCUUCUGAAAUUGUUAACAAUGAACACGACGAUAAACCUGAGGGUGAACCGGAUGACUUAGAUGAAGUUUUGCCCGGCAGGCCUCUUCCACCUGAAUGCCACGCUGAACUUCAUACAGAUUAUGAUGGUGCUGCUGUAAGAUGGGGCCUUAACCACCACAAAGACAGUGCAGCUGACUGUUGUCAGGCUUGCUUGGUUCAAGCAAAACGUGCCAAGCCAAAUGAAAAGAAAUGUAAUGUAUGGGUUUACUGUCCUGCAGAAGAUGGUUGCCAUUCUCCAGAUAUCUAUGAGCAUAGACUUGGAGAGUGCUGGCUGAAAUUUGCAGAAACACCUAAGCUUAAUUUCAAGAACAAGUAUCCGGAGUCAUACAGAAGGUCACACCCAUCUGCACCGAUUAUUGUUCCUUGGGCCUCUGGCAUUGUUGGUGCCGCAUAAGAGCAUUGUCCCACAAAAACGAAAAACUCUUGUCAUUGUCAGGUGACCUGCAUAGGUUUCCAUGUUCUGGGAAUAUUGCAAAAUACAUGAAGUAGCUCUGCCGGAAUCUGCAAUCAUCGUCUCCCUGUGUUUGUUAUAUUUUUGUUCCUUAUUAAUUGUUUUGUGAGAAAAAAAAAAAAAAGGAGAAAUAGGGAGAAUUUUUUUAGGAGACUCAAGGCCCGGGUAAAAAAGGGUAUGCUCCAUGCUGUUGUUGUUUCACAAGUCAUUUUUUGUAACACGGAUUGUCAUGGUCUAGGUGCUGAUAAUUCAAGAUAAAGAAGUCUUGGUUAGAGGCAAAGUGAGUUCUGUUAGAUAUGGAAAAUUUUCCUGUGAAUUAUUAAUUAAUGGGAAAUGUGAGUUUCUGUUUCUGAACACUUUGUAAUGCUCCUUUUCUACAAGCAGAUACUUAAUUUCUUGUUUCUA